CACGGAAGAAAAGCUUGGUCAAGCAGAGAAGACUGAACUGGAUGCUCACCUGGAGAACCUUCUCAGCAAAGCAGAAUGCACUAAAUUGUGGACAGAAAAAAUAAUGAAACAAACAGAAGUAUUAUUGCAGCCAAAUCCAAAUGCCAGAAUAGAAGAAUUUGUCUACGAGAAGCUGGACCGCAAAGCACCAAGCCGCAUGAAUAAUCCAGAGUUACUAGGCCAGUAUAUGAUUGACGCUGGGAAUGAAUUUGGCCCAGGAACAGCCUAUGGAAAUGCACUCAUUAAAUGUGGAGAAACACAAAAGCGAAUUGGGACAGCAGACAGAGAACUAAUUCAAAGUUCUGCUAUAAACUUUCUCACUCCCCUAAGAAACUUUAUUGAAGGAGACUACAAAACUAUUACUAAAGAACGUAAACUAUUACAAAAUAAAAGACUAGAUUUGGAUGCAGCAAAAACCAGAUUGAAGAAGGCAAAAGUUGCAGAAGCUCGAGCUGCAUCUGAACAGGAAGUGCGAAUUACUCAGAGCGAAUUUGACCGUCAGGCAGAGAUUACCAGACUUCUGCUGGAAGGAAUCAGCAGCACGCAUGCACAUCAUCUUCGCUGUCUGAAUGAUUUUGUUGAAGCUCAGAUGACCUAUUAUGCACAAUGUUACCAAUAUAUGUUGGAUCUCCAGAAACAACUUGGAAGCUUUCCAUCUACUUUCCUCUCUAACAAUAAUCAGUCUUCCUCAACUCCUGUGCAGAGUGUUUCUACUCCCUCAGUCUUGGCCUCAGCCUCUGCUUCGUUGCCUUCAGUAAGCAAUUCAAUAGUUACUUCAGGCAUCAGUGAACUGAAGUCAUCAAGUGGCAACAGGAAAGCUAGAGUUCUCUAUGACUACGAUGCUGCAAACAGCAGUGAAUUAUCACUACUUGCAGAUGAGGUGAUAACAGUGUACAGUAUCCCUGGCAUGGAUUCAGACUGGCUGAUGGGUGAAAGGGGAAAUCAGAAAGGCAAAGUGCCUAUUACUUAUUUAGAACUGCUAAACUAGAUGGUUGGCCUGAAUAAAGACUGGCAAUUAUGGCAACACCAUAUUUAUAUACAAUUAAUGUUAUGUAAGCAGGUUUAAGUGUCUUCCAUGUUAUUGUCUUGAGGGACAAAUACCAGCCAUUACAAACUGGCUUUUCUGCCAGCACGGUUGCAUGGUAAAUAUUCUAUUCAAACUUAAUGUGUUUAAAGCUUUUACUUCAUGUGCCAAGAACAUGUUUCCUACAGAUUUGUUUCUACUGAAGUUUUCACUAAUACAAGCUUCUACUUUUGAGUAAUCUAGAUUGAAAGCAGGAGGUACUGUUUUCUACUGAAAUUUUUCAUUAAUGGCAAAGCUUUUCUUCACAUAAAAUAAACUUAUUGUGAACUGA